AAAAUUUGAAAAUAAAAAUAUUUUCUAUAAUUUUUAAAAAUUUAAAACUAGAACUUUCUAAAUAUAAUUUUUAUAUUUGUUAUAAUAUUAUGAUUUUUAUAUUUUUCUAACUAUAUAAAAUGUAAAUAUUGUCAAUUUAAUAUUUAACAGUUGCUGCAUUUGGUAGUUAAUCAUUCAUAAGUAUCCUUCAAACGCACCAAUUUCUAACCGCAUAACUAGUCAUACAAAUUUCUUAAAACCGCUAAAAACCGCAACUACACGCAUCCGCAAACUCUCGCAAGCGCAGCCGCUGCGGUUGAACCAUUCAGACCCUUAAUAUGCCAACUUCGGAGCUACAUAUAUAUAGUACCAGUUGUGUCUCGGGUUUCCAGCUUUUUGAAGAGACUGUGGAUAUAAAAUCCAAGAACACCAACAGAGAGCUGAACUUGCGACUGAAGAUGGAAAUUCAUUUCCGUGGAGUAGGGUAGUCACUCUUUCUGUAAGAUUUUAAUUUAUUUUUUAUUUUUCUAAAACCAAAUCAUAUAUAUAGUGACACUGUUGAGAGACCGUUCAAUUUGGAUUUUGUUGAAACUGGGACAUUUAAGAAUUGUCUAAACUCAGACCGGUUAUGCAAGCCGUUUUAGAAACAUACUAGUAUUAAUCUCGUGCUAUGCACGAAUAUAUUUUUAAUUACAAAUAAGACUAAGUUUCAGUUUAUACAACUAAAAUUACAUUUAUAAAAUUAUUUUGAUGUUGUUAUAAGAAGUUGAUAUGCAUAGAUUAACCACGUACGACAUAUAAAAAAAGUUAGAUAUUUUUUAAAAAAUUACAAUGAUCUUAAUUAGCUUACUGAAUAUAACUAUUAUGUUUUACUUUUUAUAUCUUGUUUGUUCUCAUGUGAUUUUCUGAUUCGUAACCGGUAAUCUAUAGGUCAUUUAUCUUAUAACAUUCAAUAUCAAAAUACCUACAUUUUUUCUGUAAAACCUAUAUAUUGUGUAAUAGGGAAACAAUUAAAACAAUUAAAACAAUUACACUUUUACCUUUUAACAAAAUUUGUUCCCAUAUCGUACGUGUGUUUGAGUUUUAUCUUCCCCUUCUUCUUCUUUUUAGCUGGAUCUUAUCAUAAGCCGAAUCUCCCACCAUACAAAAAAAGAGUAAAAAAGUAUUACUGGAGAAUAUGGGUUAAUGAUAUUUUUCAACUGGAGAGUGAAACUCAAAACUGACUUGUUUAUGAAGUCACUAAUUUUGAAUUAUGGUAUUGAAAUCGAAGAGAAAGAGUGUAAAUUUUUGUUAAUCUGCUUACGAUCGAUUACGAGUUUGACUGCCAGUUAUCUAAUUUUAGGAAUGUAUAGGAAUAGGAAAAAGAAAAGGUUGUGGAAGAAAAUAGACGAUAGAGGAUCGUGGGUGUAGGAUAUAAUUUUAUUUUUCAUUAUUAUUUUUAAAUGAAUUUUUUAUUUAUAAUUAUGCCAUGUGUCAGAAUUUUUUUGGAAAAGUAACUUGUGCUUUAGUAUGUCUUUUAAUUUUGUGGUCUGCGAGGAGAACGCGGCCAGCCCUAAUAUAUUAGACAUGUGGUGAACUCACAGAGACAUCUCCAAAAUACCACGUGGUGAGCAGUAACCGCUUCUCGGAAAGACCUAUGGUCUUCGCUUUAGAAACCUCUCUUUAUAUGUGAUAAUAACUUCCAAGGACAUUGGAACUAGAAUAAUCAGAACAUUCAAAAAAGGAAAAAUAAAAAGUUUGUCAAAGCAAAUUUGAAAACGUUGUUUUGUAAUCACUGGUCAAAAGAGAUGAUGGAAAGAAGAAGAACGGCUUUGGCACUGCUGCUGGUAGUGGUGGUUCUGACGUGGCAGAAGGGAACGAUGGCGAAGGACGCAAAAAGCGCCGCCGAAAUGGCAAAGAAAAUGGCAACAGAGACUGUUUCAUGGGCCGGUUGGGUCUCUGACAGAAUAACCACUGGACUUGGUAUAAAAAAAAAGGAACCAGAAAGUGCCGCCCAACGCACAAAAAACUACGCUUACAAGGCCGCACAAUACAUCAAAGACUCAGCGUAUGGCAUGGCUGGUGAUGCAAAGGAUAUGGCUUAUGAAAAGGCAAGCAAUGCAAAAGAAAUGGCCUCCGAGAAAACUGGCUAUGUAAAGGACAUGGCUUACGAGCAGGCUGGACAUGCGAAGGAUUAUGCUUAUGAUAAGGCAGGCAACGCGAAGGACAUGGCGUACGAGAAGGCGGGACACACGAAGGAUUAUGCCUAUGAUAAGACUGAUAAUGCAAAACAAGGGGCCUAUGAUAAGGCAGGGAUUGCGAAAGACAUAGCUUACAAACAGGCUGGACAUGCGAAGGAUUUUGCUUAUGAUAAGGCAGGGAAUGCAAAGAACAUGGCCUACGAGAAGGCCGGACACGCUAAGGAUUAUGCCUAUGAAAAGGCUGGUGAUGUAAAAGAAGUGGCAUAUGAUAAGGCGAGCAAUGCAAAGGACAUGGCAUAUGAAAAGGUGGACAAUGUGAUAGACAUGACGUAUGACAAGGUGGGAUCUGCUUACAGCAGUGCCAAGGACAUGGCAUAUGAUAAUGCGGAAAAUUCAAAGGACAUGGCCUAUGAUAAAGCGGGUAAUGCCAAGGACAUGGCAUACGAGAAGGCGGAAAAUGUCAAAGACAUGACAUAUGACAAGGUUGGAUCUGCUUACGGCAAUGCCAAGGACAUGGCCUAUGAUAAGGCGGGUAACGUGAAGGACAUGGCAUAUGAGAAGGCGGGAAAUGUGAAAGACAUGACGUAUGACAAGGUGGGAUCUGCUUACGGCAGUGCCAAGGACAUGGCAUAUGAGAAGGCGGGUGAUGCGAAAGACAUGGUGUAUGACAAGGUGGGAGCUGCUUACGGCAGUGCUGAGAAAGCAAAGGAUUACGGGUAUGAAAAGACCGGCGAUGUGAUCAGGAUGGCCACAGACAAGAGCAGUGAAGCCUAUGAAGGAGCUAAAGAGAGGUCAAAUAGUGCCAAAGACAUGGUAGCUGAUAAAGGGGAAGGUGCAGUAAAGUAUGGUAGAGACAAAGCAACGGAAGCAAUGGAUGAAUCUGUUGAGUAUAUUAAAGAAAAAUCACACAAAGCUAAAGAUGGAGCGGCCAAAGGGUUCGGAGAAACCAUGGACAAGGUCAAGGAAACAUCGAAACACGCAUAUGAAACCGCAAAAGAAAAGGCUUCUCAUGUUGCCGAAGAGAUUAGGGAGCGUUAUGUUGAGCUCUAAAAUCAGUUUCUUAUACAAUUCCAAAUUUUAAUCAAAUCUAUUUUCCAAAAUGUAAACACAAUAGUCUAACAAGGAUCUUAGUAUAUAUUAAAGUCUCUUACAUUUCUU